AUGGAAUUUAGUCGUAAAAAUCCCGGCCCAAGUAGUAUAGUGGUUAGUACUCCACGUUGUGGCCGUGGCGACACAGCAUUCGUACUUGGAUUUGCUAUGGGCGCUAACGAUGUCGCGAAUGCUUUUGGGACAUCAAUUGGUAGUGGAGUGCUUACUCUACGAAAGGCAUAUUUGCUAGCAAUUAUAUUCGAAUCACUUGGCGCUAUUCUUGUUGGUUACAAUGUAACAGAUACAAUACGAAAAGAUGUCAUUGAUUUGAGCUUAUAUUAUAAUACACCAAGAGAGUUAUUAGUUGGUCAAGUAGCCAUUCUUGCAGGAUGUUCAGCAUGGUUAUUAAUAGCAACAUUUGCACAAUUACCUGUUUCAACAACACAUAGCAUUACCGGUGCAACGGUUGGUUUCGGUUUAAUAAUGAAAGGAACACAGGGAAUUCAUUGGUGGAAAAUUUUCAAUAUUGGUGCGUUCAAUU